AGUGAAAUAGUCUAUAGUAGGGUUACAAGCUAUAGCUUGGGUGAAUAGAAGAAUGGUGAAUGUAGACCUCAGUGAUGUGGUUGAUGGUCACCUGGACUACUCCAAAAAAAUGGAUAUCAUCUUAAGAAUUAUUGGUGUGUCCUUAAAUGACAAUCCUACCAUGAAACUGUCUGGUGAGGGAGAGAAGAAGAAGAAACCAGAUGAUGAGACAGACAAGGAUGGAGAGAAAGGACUAAUUUUGGAAGCUGCUGGAGUUUGUAUGGAUGAAAAUGUUGAUGUGGACGAUGUGGAAAUUGCUGAAGAUGCUCUAGGUGAGGAGAUUGGUGACGUAGAACUGGAAGAAGUUGGUGCUACUGGAGUGGACAACCAAAGUAACAGAGUUUAAGUUUUCUCAGCUAUUAAAUACAAUAGAGUUUUGAGCUGCC